AUGACCCAUCACCACAAUCAUGCGCGGAAACACGCCCGCCUGAACGCAGACACGCGGAGGAAGCUGGCUACGGAAAAUUCCGGUAAUGAUAUACAGCCAGCUCAUGACCAUCACCACCGUGAUGUCCACUCACAACCUGAAACACAUGCCGCUGACGAGCCGGCCCCAAUCGCACACCAUGAUAUUGACCGACGGAACGGCGGCGAGGUCGUACAGACGGUGACAACGUAUGUGGCGACCGAAUUCGAUUUACUGAUUGAGAGCGGAACAAAAACUAUCGCCGACUUCACCGUCUCGACACUUCCGGCCGUGGUUACUGUGUCAGACUUUGGCGUCAUCACGGUCCCUGCUAAUGCCGCCGGCUCUCCGGUGACCGGGGGGCUUCCAUCGCCAGUGGAAACCGAUGCUGCUCCUGCAACAGCGGUUCCUUCAAUAGCGGUUCCUUCAACAGGGGCUACUGCGAUGAUGGCCACAGCGAAUCAUCAAGUGCCUUUGGUAUCUUCAGCUACCUCUUCCUCAAUAUCCGAAACUACACAAUCAUCCGCAACGCAAAGUAUCGCGUCAGAUACCUCGUCGGUAUCGUCCGAUGUGGAAAGUGCGACCACAACCGCUGCUGCAGAGACAACCGUAGCGGCAGCUCCGAUGGCUGCAGCAACGACGUCUGGCGCUUCGACAACCUCCAUCUCUACCUCCAUCCCUAGCUCUACCUCUGACCCUACAUCUAUCUCUACUUCAAUUCUUGAUUCGACUACAGCCUCUGCCAUAACAUCGGCCUCUGGUUCCUCUGUUACGUCAUCCGGUGAUGCAUCUGCAUCAACCCUUCUCUCAACCACAGAUCCUGCCUCGAGUGCGUCUACGUCUUCGGCUUCCUCCACGUUGUCCGCAGGCUCUACGGCAUCAUCAGGCGACGGCGGCACGCUAGUAUCGGCAACGUCGUCGUCCUCAUCGUCAACAGCCGGUGCAGAAUCGUCUGGUUCGUCAGGCGGUGUGAAUGAAACGCCAAAGAUCGUCGGAGGCGUAGUUGGCGGAGUCCUCGGUCUUUUGUUGCUGCUGGUUUUUGCAUUCCUGCUUCUCCGAUGGAAGAGGCGGCGUGCAACUGCAGCCGGAGUUGAACGCACCUUUGGCCGCGGUGGCGUUUUGGGGGGUGACACGGAAAGCUCCAAACCGCGCGCCCCCGAAAUGUCUUCCUGGCGGCGUCCGAGUAACACAGCUGUAGCAGCUGGCGCCUUUUUGGGCCGGCGGCAACCUUCGUCUCCAGGUUAUGCAGACGAAAAUCCCACAGGAGAGCGAGGCUUCCAAAAGAUUUCCGGCCGCAAGAUCCAGUCCGUCCUCCGUACAGGAGGCGAUGGAUAUGGCGAUGAAAUCGAAGAAGAGCCGAUUCCAGACAGGCCUUUUGGUCCCAGCAGCCCCGUAUCUCCGAUGAGCGCUUUUCAUGGCGACUACCACCAGUCGCCCCUAGUCCGGCUUGACUCUGGCGAUGGGGCUAUGAUGCGUCCGUCGCCUGCUAGAACGGCGACGACGGGGAGCUCUGUUGACUUGAUGGGCUCGAGCCCGCCCUGGCAACUGGGUACUCCUGUUUUACGACCUGAUUCUCUGGGACGAAGCCUGUCCCGACAGGAUGGAAGCCGAAACAGCCGCUUCACCGAGGGGAUUUAA